AUGUACGGAGCGAGUGGGAGCGGAGGGGGAGGCGACGAUGAGCUGAGCUUGCCACGCGCUACUGUACAAAAAAUCAUCGCAGAGCUCAUCCCAGCGGACAUGUCGUGUGCGCGCGAAACAAGAGACCUGGUCAUCGAAUGCUGCGUAGAAUUCAUCCACCUUCUCAGCAGCGAAUCCAACGACGUGUGCGAGCGCGCCAGCAAAAAGACCAUUGCUCCUGAGCACGUUGUCGCCGCUCUCAAGGACCUCGGCUUCGAAGCAUACACGGCAGAGAUCGCAGAAAUUCUUGAAGAGCACAAAGUGCAACUCAAGGAUCGUGAGCGCAAGACGGGCAAGAUGGAAAAGUCGGGUCUGUCCAUGGAGGAGUUGGAGCGGCAGCAGCAGCUGCUCUUUGCUGCUAGCGCUGCGCGAUAUGACCCUUCCUCCCACUGA